AUGAAUGAACAAUCUUCAUGUUCGGACGAGGUUCCUCAAAUCCUCGAAGGGAGCUUUGACCUUGACAAAAGACGGCAACAUGUUAGGUCAACUCUCAAGUCUUAUCUGUUGGAGCAUAGCCCUGAGUUCCAAACCCUCAGUCAACGGCGAGAACAAGGCUGGAGACAUCCAGCUGGUGAUACUUGUUUCUCGAAAAAGCGCAAAAGCUCCGACAAGGCCUCUUCAAAGGACAGAUCGAUAUUCCGAACGCAAUUGAAACACAUUGGAACAUGGUUGCACGCCUGUACGGGUGUUUUCCGACUUCCUGGUAUUGGUACCACGGCAGAGUCUCCGACUAUCUUGGAUAUGUGUAUGGCCCCGGGGGCAUUCUUAGAGAUAGCUCUGAAGAAAGACAAGAAAGCCACAGCGGCGGCAUUUACCCUACCUGAGGAAGCCGGGGGAUUCCGCGUCAUUCUGCCCGAAGACAUCCAAGCACGAGUCAACACCCGCUUCCUCGAUAUCAAUAUGCUUGCCACCGAUAUGGGCAUCGACGAGAUCGAGGACAGCCACCCUGAUGCUGGGAAGUUCCUACCGACACAAUUCAAACCCGACGAGCAUUUCGACCUGGUCAUAUGUGAUGGUCAGGUCCUAAGAGCGCAUGCACGAGCUCCCUAUCGAGAAGCUCGAGAGGCAAGCCGGUUAACUAUCGCCCAGCUAGCUCUUGGUCUUGAACAUCUCAAGCCAGGGGGCUCGAUGUUGGUUCUGCUUCACAACUUUGAAAGAUGGGAGCCUCUCAAUACCGUCUGGAGGUUCAGCAAAUUUGCCAGGGUGCGCCUUCUCAAGCCGAGAAUAGUGCAUGCGAAAUCUUCCACCUUUUACAUGGUGGCUAGUAAUAUUCAAAGUCAAAGUGCCGAGGCUCUCAGCGCGGUUGCAAGGUGGAAAAAGCUUUGGCGGGCGAUCACAUUCGGUUCAGACCAGGAAUACCGAUCAAUGCUAUUUGAAGAGGAGCCAGCGGUGGAAGAGUUCCUGGAUGACUUUGGGCCGGAGAUCAUACGCCUGGGUGCUACUGUUUGGCAAGUCCAGCGCGAUGCAUUGGGGGAAUGGCUAGAAGUCCUGGACCGCCGUCGCGAGCUUUGA